AUGGAGGAUGACGUGAAUAGACUGUUAGGCGAACUGAAAGGUUAUAUGAACAUGGAUGAAAAACCGGGAUUGAUACAUCAUAUAUGUGGUGGAAUUACGAGGAAUGGUAGACACGAAAAAAACCAAAUGACCAGAAUAUGCAAAAGGUUAGUAAGAGUAGUCUACUGGAUGGAAAAUUGGGACAUAAAUGGAAAAAAGUGGAAAGACGAAAAAGAGAAAAAGGAAGAUGAAUGGAAACAGUACCUAAAGUGUAUAAUAGGGAAUAGAGUUAUAUUAAGAAUUUUAGGGAAUAAAUGUGGAGCUGAGAAAAUUAUGGAGGUCGUGGCAGGUACGAUGGGAGGAAAAGGGAACCGUUUUCCAAGGGGGAAGGAAAGUAAGAUGGAUUGUAACUGGGUUGGAGAGGCACAUAUGGGGGAUCAGGAAGAGUUAAUUGGGGAAACGAUAGACAAAUGGUUGCAGGAGGAAAGGAAACCCAAAGAUGGUAUUACAGAGUUAGAGCAGGUAAUGCAAUGGAUGGAGUGUAAAGGAGAUGAGAAAGAUCAGGAAGAGGCGAAGCAAAAAGGAACUUGCUCUAAUGGAAGAAUUGUAGACUUAUUAGAAGCAGGAAGAUCAAAGCAAUUACGAGAACUAGUUAAUAAGGACCAGCCUGCUACGAAGCCUGCAGACGCACCACCAGCAUCACCAGGUACAUCCUUAAGAUCUGAUGAGGACAGUACCUCUGACCCAGUAAAAAAACCAGAGUCAGAGGACACUGUUCAAACACAGGAAGGUAAGGGUACAAAAUCUUCCGAAACCACUUCUAAGGAUGGGGACUGUCAAAGUGAACAGGGAUCUGAUAAUGUUGAAAAUAUUGUUAAGUGUCUAGAAGGAUCGGAUGCUGCGACUAUUCCGAAACAUAAGGAUAUUAACGAUCCCCAUGAAGCCACUGCAGCCACUGGUCCCGUUGGCCAAACAGGUCCUAAUAUUAAAGCUACAGAGGAAGGAAGUGUCUCAGGUCAUGGUCACCAACAACCCGGUCUCCCUGGCCCUGGUGCUCCAGGGGAGGAAGAUCCAACUGCAACUAAGGGGGGUACACAGGGUGUAUCUGGUCCUGGUAGUACUGGAACGUGGAACCCAGGUUCUUCUGGUACCCGUUCUACAGGAACCUGGAACCCAGGUUCUUCCGAUCUAGGUAGUACAGGACACCAGUCUCCUGGUUCUUCUGGACCAAGUUCCACUGGUAAUCAAAACACGGGUACUCCAAGACCAAGUGCUGGUGAAGGAUAUUUUUUCCUCGGUAAAAAAAGACGACGUUACAAAAGAGCACAUCAAAUCCGUGGUCAUCCAACUUUGGAAGAACAACUCCAUCAUGUGGACGACCAGGCAGAUGGUCCACAUGAAUAUACCUUAGUAAAGGAACGAAAACAAGCCAGAUCUGCUCCAACAGGAAGAAUGAAGGGCCCAAUAAAACGGGGUGUUAGUCUUCGCCGUGCUGGUCGUCGUGGUGUUGGUCACCGCACCAUUAUUGAUAUUCAUUUAGAAGUCUUAGACGAAUGUCAAAAAGUGGACCUGCAUUCGACGAAGGAGGACUUUUUUGAAGUUUUGGUUCAAGAAUUCAUGGGAAGCAAGUUUAUAGAACAGGAAGACGUUCCUAAGGAACAGGUUCCAUGUUCAGAUUCCGAAUUUAGGGAAGGAAGACAUUGUUCCUAA